GGCUGGGUAGGGGUAGCUUGUGAGAGCGGUUACGUUUUUCCUACAAUAUGGGUCAAUAAAUUUGUGUUCUUGGCUGUGGCACCAAUCUUGUGUUAUAACAUUCUCUAUAGUAAUAGGUAGAUUUUGUGAUCACUUUUUUUUUGUUUCAAACUUGCUUGAAAAUUGUUGUAAUCUUAAGUUUUGAUUCUUCAUAACCCAAAAUGGUUUUCUGUUUCUCAGUCAGAACAGACCUUGCUGCUGCCCUCCUCACACUUUGGGGCCUCAGCCUGGUUUGACACUUUGGGCUUUUGAAGUUGGCCAUUUUGGUUUGCUCAAUACCAAAAUCUUAUGUUUCUUCUUAUUUUUUUCAUUCUUUUUUAUUUUUUGUUUCUUGGAUGAGCUGAGGGUCUGAGGCUGAGCUAUGCAGAAGCAGAGAAGGCUAGCUCAGUAGCUGGGAAAUUGAGCAGAAGCCACCUGUCACCUGUGAAUCAAACAAAAACACCCAUGAAUCUGGCCAAUUUCUCUCAUUCUUAUGACCUUUUUUCAAUUUAUCCUAUUCCUAAUUGGCUAAUCUUAUGGUAUUUUCCUGAUUUACUGACCAUUUGGAAAUAAAAAAUACAGAAAUAUUUUGUUUCCUAUUAUCUCCAGACUCCUAUCAAUUACUUGAUGCUUGCAAUGCUUCCAAAUACUGGUACUACAUAUUCACUAUACAGGUAUGGAAAGCAGCUUUCAAGAGUAAGCAGUCCAUGUCAGCGACCAGCUGCUCAAUUGAUUCAGUGCCUCCACCCUUUUCUGUUGGGGCAACAGAAUGGUCAAUGCUACAGCAAGGAUAGCAAAAAGCUGCCACUCCGUGACACACUUGAUCAUGAACCUGAUCUUGGCCUUGACUUGGAAGAGCAUGUGUAUGAAGGCAAGCAUCAUAAACUGGGCACAAGGGUGUAUAUAUGGGGUGUAGCGGCUCAUGGGGCUCUGGGCCGUGCUUCAUUUGUGAAUCCCAUUCUCUCCAAGCGUCAGACACCCAUUGACUGUCGUCUUCACCCUCACCGGCUUGAAUUUGGAGAAAAACACAAGGUACUUGAUGUCAGCUGUGGUUAUGGCUUUACUGUGUUUGCCGUUAAGCCUAAAGGACAACCCUCUAUUUUCGGCACUGGGCUGAAUGGAGAAGGGCAGCUUGGCAUUCAACGUACCAAGAAAGGCAAGGACAUAACUAUUGUUCCUGAACCUGUACCCAUCGAACUGGGGCUGCAGCAAGGUGAUGCUGUAAUCAAGGUGUCAUGUGGACGGGCGCACACCCUGGCGCUGGCCAAGAGUGGCGCGGUGUACGGCGUGGGGUGCAAUAGUUUCGGGCAGUGCGGCCGGCCUGUUGUGCCUGACGAGGACGUAUCGUGGCGUCGCUCUGCUAUCCAGGGCCUGCCGCCCGAUGUCGUGCAAGUGCAGGCUGGUCAGGACACCAGCUUCAUGGUGACUAGCGGUGGAGAAGUGUGGUCGUGUGGUUGGGGCGCCGAUGGUCAGCACGGCCGAGGACACUACGGCUCGGAGACGAACGUGGGACUCGUCAAGGGAGAGCUCCAGGACCUGAAAGUAGUCAAAGUGGCUUCCAGGGCUGACUGCGCCUUGGCACUUACUGAGAGCGGUGACGUGUUGGGCUGGGGUAACAACGAGUACGGUCAGCUGUUGACUGCUGCUGAUGAGCCUCAGCUGCACACGCCGCGUCGUCUCCCCCUGCCGCCCACCGUGGGACGUAUCGUUGACGUUGCCGCAUCUGGGUCUGCUUGUUUUGUUCUCAACGAUAAGGGAGAUGUAUACAGUUGGGGUUUUGGCCCUCUUGGCCGAGGCCCUGAGAACAUCCAGUGCAGCUCACCACAACUCAUCCCGCCUCCUUUGUUCGGUCGAAACGAGUUCACUCCUGACGUCAAGGUGGUGUCGGUGGUGUGUGGGGUGCACAUGGUGACGUGCAUCACAAACAACGGCAACCUAUACUCCUGGGGGCGCAAUAUCGGCGGCAACCUCGGCUUAGGUCACCGCCACGAACAGUCUUUCCCAGUGCAGGUGUGCAUGCUGGGUCGUGUGCUGCAAGCAAGCUGUGGUGUUGAUCACUCUGCUGCACUCGCCCGCACGCUCUGAAGCAGCGGACAACCGCGGGCCCAAUAGUUGGGGACUGCCAUAAAGGAACGCUACAGUGUGACACAAACGAGUGUCAGGCCGACUGCGUUGUUGAUUCGGCUUUGAGAAGUGAUCGUCGAAUAGGAAUUUCUAGGAAAUCUGUUAUGCAGAAGAAGCAUAAUGAAUAUACUUCCAAUUGUUAAUUUUUUAUUAAUUUGUGACAUAUGGUAUCGUUUCAUUGGAGGAUAUGUGAAGGCCAAAAAACUUUUCGAUGUUAAUUAACGUUUUUGUUGACGCACGUAGUACGGUAUUUGCUCCCAUAUUUUUUUAAACGAAUUUUAGGCAAGAAAUCUCCAUGAGGAGACAAAAACAUAACUGCCACAAUUUAACCAAUAUAUGCGAAUCUCCUCCUGUUUGUACAAAGAAUGUUUAUUAUUACCCUUUCGAACCGAUUGAUGCUUUGCCUCAAUCGACAAUUAUAUAAAAUUAUUCCAUUUAUAGCACAUUUUCUCAUGUAUGGAAAAAA